GCAUUCUCAUAAAAGCUGUCUUGGUCGAGAAGACAGAGAGAAACUCUCUCUCUUGUUCGGUUCCUUGUUCGCCGAUUCUACUGCGAAAAAGGUUUGUGAGACUUGGGUAAAGAGCUAAGAAAUGGAAGACGUACUAACAGAGAAUCCUCCACCUUCAAGAUUCUUCCAAGAAGAUCUCAACAACUUCGCCUCACCACCUCCUGAACCCCUUCCCUCUCCUUUCAUCGUCUUCUCAAACCCCAAACCCGAACUCCCCCUCAAACCAUCUCUCCUCAUCAUAGCCCUAUCUUCACCUUCCCUACACAUCUUCCACAGCUUACCUUCAAAGACUCUCAUCGGAACUCUCAUCAUCCCCGAACUCCCCUUCUCCGGAAACACCGUAGAGCCUUCUUUACAAGACAAGUCCUGCAACAUAUACUCCGUAAGUGAUAACAACAACAACAACAACAACAACAACAACGCGGUCCUUUUGGUUUCUGUUCAGCUUCCUGUCCCUCCUGAACGCUCUAACCUGGUCUCGAGGCUGCUCGUUGGCCAAGACAUUGUCCCUGCGAGGGUUAUCAUCUUGGACUCCAUUCAGAGCCGUAACUUCAGAGGGAGGCUCUCACCGGAUGAAGCAUUGGCUGCUAAACUCGAGACAUCAUCUGAGAAGAAAGCAGCAGCAACGUCUCGGUUGAGUCUUGAUUACUUUCCAUCAGGUAGUGUUAUCGAUGGUCUGAGUGCUUCGCUUUUGAGCAGAUGUCAGCUGAAGAAUAUCAGAGGGACGUUGGUGGUAUCGUGGCCUGAGUUUGAUCCUUCUGUGGUGAGAUUUCUAGGUGCUUUACUGAAGAGCAUUGUCCCGAGUCUGGAUAUUAAAAGUGUGGACAAAGAUCUGGAGAAGUACUCUUCAAGAACUGGUCUUAAAAGGGAUGCUUGGCUUGACUCUGAUCUAUAUACAUGAUUCAGAGAUGGCUUCUCAAAAUAGUUGUUUCUUGUUUCUUAUAUAAUGGCUUUUAGCUUUUCUUGGACAAAACAGACCUUAGGUGUUGGUGUGUGGUGUCCUCAUUGCAAACAGUUUGGUUUCUUCUCUUUGGGAAAAAUGAUCAUGCUGAGAUUAUUUAAGUUUA